UUCCGGAGUCCCGCUUCCUGCGCCCUCACGAGAAGCGUGUGCCGGGACCUUCAUGCGUCUCGGCCCGGCGCGGGCGGCUCCGCGCUGAGACGGCGGUCGCAGGGGCAUGGAGGGUGCCCCGGAGGAGAAGGCGCCCGCAGCGGCGCUGGCCGCCGUGCUGAAACACAGCUCGGCUCUGCCGGCCGAGAGCGCCCAGGUGCGGGGCUACGACUUUAACCGCGGCGUGGACUACCACGCGCUGCUGAAGACGUACGGCACCACGGGUUUCCAGGCCACCAACUUCGGGCGCGCGGUGCAGCAAGUCAACGCCAUGAUCGAGAAGAAACUGGAGCCGCUGUCCGAGGACGAAGACCACCAUGCGGACCUGACCCAGAGCCGCCGGCCGCUCACCGGUUGCACCAUUUUCCUAGGCUACACGUCCAACCUCAUCAGUUCAGGCAUCCGGGAGACCAUCCGCUACCUCGUGCAGCACAACAUGGUGGACGUCUUAGUGACCACGGCAGGGGGUGUGGAGGAGGACUUGAUCAAGUGCCUGGCACCCACUUACCUGGGCGAGUUCAGCCUCCCCGGGAAGGAACUGCGUGAGAAUGGAAUCAACAGGAUCGGGAACCUGCUGGUGCCCAAUGACAAUUACUGCAAAUUUGAGGACUGGCUGAUGCCCAUCCUGGACCAAAUGGUGCUGGAGCAGAACACGGAGGGUGUGAAGUGGACGCCUUCCAAGAUGAUCGCCCGGUUGGGGAAAGAAAUCAACAACCCGGACUCGGUGUAUUACUGGGCGCAGAAGAACCACAUCCCCGUGCUGAGCCCGGCGCUCACAGACGGCUCGCUGGGAGACAUGAUCUUCUUCCACUCCUACAAGAACCCAGGCCUGGUCCUGGACAUUGUGGAGGACCUGCGGCUCAUCAACACGCAGGCCAUCUUCGCCAAGCGCAGCGGGAUGAUCAUCCUGGGCGGGGGUGUGGUCAAGCACCACAUCGCCAAUGCCAACCUCAUGCGGAACGGGGCCGACUACGCCGUCUACAUCAACACGGCCCAGGAAUUUGAUGGCUCCGACUCUGGCGCGCGGCCCGACGAGGCGGUCUCAUGGGGCAAGAUACGGGUGGACGCUGAGCCUGUGAAGGUCUAUGCCGACGCGUCCUUGGUGUUCCCGCUGCUGGUUGCCGAGACAUUCGCACAGAAGGUGGAUGCCUUCAGGGCUGAGAAGAACCAGGACUGAGGGGCGGGCCCCCCACCUGCUUUAUUCUCCCCACC